GAGACAUAGUUUUGGUAUUGGAAGCUUCAUUUUUGAAGUGCAUAUAUGGUACUCCCUAAAAGGCUGCUAGACUCUAGAGUUCUCCAAAACUAACACAAAAUCUUGGCCGUUCAAAUAAUCUUCUAAUGAUUCUCACAACACUACACGUGCCACCUAUCACACUUUUUUAUUUUUUUUAUUCUUUUUAAUUAAUUUAAUAAUUAUUCCUAAUUAAUCAACUCGUUGCUUUCAUGCAUGGAAUUCUCCUCCAACUAACACAAACAAAAGAAAGAGUCAUACUUAUGGUUAUUAGUAGCUCUUAAUAUCAUCACUUAACCCCCAUUGUUUGUGGCAAGCAACCCCAUUAAUUUGUUGAAUAAAAAUUCCAUUUUAAAUUUUACCAUAAGCCCAUUUAAUUAAAUUUUGUUAUUGAUCAUUCUAUUGAGAAACGGAAAUGAAGGGGUCUCUCCCUUUUUUGUGGGUCGGAUCUUGUACUUAUACAACUGUCACAUCUUCUGAGGAAGAAUUCUGAUCAUCAUCACCACCACCUCAUUCAACACACCAAGUAAAUCAUGAAAUAAUAUAUACAUACAUAUAUCUAGAUCAGAUUCAAUAUUAUUAACCAAACCAAUGGAAGAGAAACAUAGGAAGUUUGUAUGCAAAUAUUGCUUCAAGAGGUUUCCUUGUGGGAAGUCUCUUGGUGGUCACAUCAGAACACACAUGACAGAAGAAAGAAAUAAUGCUGCUGCUAUUGCUGCUGCUGGUGGUGAUGCUGCUGAGCAUGUUGCUGCUGGUGUUGGUGAUGGUGGAAACCUCAUUUAUGGUCUAAGAGAAAAUCCCAAGAAAACAAUGAGGUUUGUGCAUUCUCAUCAUCAUCAUUAUAAUCAUCAUGCUGCUACUGCUGCUGCAACCACAUUGGAACAAAAUGAAAUGAUCAAAUUCUGCAAAGAAUGUGGGAAAGGUUUUCCUUCAUUGAAAGCACUUUGUGGACACAUGGCUUCUCAUUCUGAGAAAGAGAAAAAGAUCAACAAGGCUAUGAUGGAGGAGGAUACUCAAUCUGAUGAUACUGAUGAUGAUGAUGAUGAUGUUUGUGUUGCUGCUACAACAAUGAAUCUAAGGAAAUCUAAGAGAAGAAUUAGGUUCAAGUCUAUUACUCUUUCAAAUCAGCAACCUUCUUCUUCUUCUGUUAAUGGUGGUUCUUCAUCUGUUUCUGAGAUGGAACAGGAACAACAAGAAGAGGUUGCUAGAUGUUUGAUGUUGUUGUCUAGAGAUUUUUUUGGUCAUAAGGGUCGUUUUGUUUCUGAAUCUUCUGAUAAUAACAAUGAGAUUGUUCUAGAGACGAAAUCCAAGAUUGUUAUCAGAAAUGGUAACAAAUUUGUAGCUAAUCAUGCUCGUGAAUUUGUUGCGGAGAAGAAAAAGAAGCUGAAAAUGGUUGGGAUUGGUGUUUCGAAUAAUUCAGAUUUGAGGGAUUUCAGAUAUGGUUCAAAGAAAAUCAAAUUUGUAGAUUCAAGUGUUCCAAACUAUGAAUUCAAGAGGCCUAAGGUGGAAGCAGAUAAAUCUGGAUUUGAUGAUUGUAGAAGCAAAUACAAUAACAAUGUAACAACUAUAUUUAAGAAAUCAGGGAUGAUGAAUAAGGAUUUGGAUCAUGAUACAAAGUUCGAUUCGAGAAAGAAAGCAAACUCUGAAGGAUUUUCUUUUAGCAACAAAAAUAAAGAAAUCUAUGAGAAUGGUAGCAAAAGUUUGAAAUAUGAGUUUUUUGAUUAUGAAAAGGACAAUGAUAUUUCUUAUGAUUCAACAACAGAUGUUGAGAGUGAUGAAGAAAACAGUUCAGAAAGUGAUUCUUUUCCUGCUGCAAAAUCUCAUAACAGUAAAGCUGUGAAUAGAAAGAAAUUAUCAUCAAGCAACAAGGGUAAGAAGAAGAAGAAGUUGAAGUCAAAGAAAAGCAAAGAAUAUGAAUGUCCAAUUUGCUACAAAAUUUUCAGGUCAGGACAAGCAUUAGGAGGACAUAAAAGAUCACAUUUUGUUGGAGGAUCUGAAGAGAACACUUUUGUGAUCAAACAAGCUGCUGCUGCUGUUGCUGUUCCUUGUUUGAUUGAUCUCAAUCUACCUGCUCCUGUUGAUGAAUAAGGGAAAUGGCUUAAUGGGUUAUCUUGGUUUUUACUUUUACAUCAUUUUUUGAAGCAUCUUCUUCUAUUGAGGUACAUUGAUGAAUAUCUUGAAUUUUAAGAAUGUUUUUUUUUUCUUUUUUUUUUGGCAUUAUCACAUAUGAUGAAAGCAUUUGCAAUGUACAGAAAGCCAUGUGGGUUAAUGAUUUUUGUUUUUGUUCUUUUAA